GAAGAAAAAGCAUGUAAGAAAAAUGUCUCUUCUUCCUGUUGGUUCUUAAUUACAUCCCUUUUUAUGGUUCCCUAGCAACCACCACUUCCGGCAACAACAGAAGAGGAGUGUAGUGGCCACACCCACAAGCACAUGACGGGUCAUUGGGUGUGUCAGUGUGUGAGGAGAGAGAAGAUGACAACAGGUCGUCUGGCAAGAAAACUAGCCACACCCACCAAGAUCUGCCGUCAGAGAAGUUGUCUGAUGACUAUGAUGAUGAACUGGAGCAAUUAAAAAAGAUCUGUUUUGCAGCACCUGCUGUGAACCGCAAGAGAAUCGCAGUCUCGCUUGACAUGACCGAUCUCAUGGCCAAAAUGAAAUAGAAUUACAUCAUCAUUACAUCAUUCUUGUACAAUAAAAACAGUGACACACACACAAUGUCUCCAACUGUUUUGAAAGUUGAAAUGUUGUGUAUUAUGAGAUAAUGGACACAAAAAGUGCAUGAAACUAUACAACAACACAUUCUUCAACAGCACGAAACAGCUCAUCUCAACCCACUAUGAUGAUCUUGUCAGGUGAUGUAUUGGCUAUAUACUAAACACCAGAACCUAUCACUAGUCAUAGAGCC